AAAACGAGAUAGAUGUAUAGAAUCUGACAAGGCAAACCAACCGCUAAAAGUUGAAAUUAAGAAUGAUACACCAGAACCAAAAUUGGAUGCGAAAGCCACAAUAACGGCGGAGGUUGCCACUUGA